CCUGCCUGCACUUCUGCCCUGCCCCAGGCUGUUCUCCGACAAGAAGCAAGUGGAGAUAAGGGGUGGGGAGUGUGCCACACAGGAGCAGGACAGGGGCUUGGUGUGGCAGAGGAGUCCUGGGGGGAAGGGGGGUCUAGCUCCUGUUGCCUCAGCUUUCAGUUGGAACCUUUCAGCUGGAAGCACAAUUGCCCAAGAAGGAACCCCUACCGGUAGUGCUCCCAGAUCCAGGCCCAGUACCACAGCUGGAGGAGAUGGGACCAGUGGUACACUCUAAACCCACACCCGAGCCUGAAGGAGACUACUUCACUGAAAGCCUGGAGCAGCAGGGCUACAGGAUCGAAUCUCUCAAGCCCUAUGAGGAAGAGCGGCAAUCCAGAACCUGGAGCUUCAAUGCGAACUCAAGCAACAGGGAAGAGGAGCAGGUGUCCACCACCCAGUUCCGCUCCAUCCGCGUGCAGACCUCCAAACACCUCUUCUGGGCCAACAAGCUCAUCCAGGCAUCAGAGCACAGCCUCCAGCAGGCCUUAGAAAAACAUCGCAAGAGCCCCCGGGAAAGGAAGUCUGUCUGCAUCUCCCAGGUUCUCACAGACUGCGCCCCGCGACCAUCAAGCCCCUGUCUAUCAUGCACCAGCCUGCCCACAGCCAUUGGCCUGGCAGAUCUGAUCAACUUUGCGUCCUCCCUGGCUGUAGCCUCCUCCAGCCACAAGGAAGUGCCUAAUUUAGAAAAUAUGAUCAAAGCUACAUCUGAGAAGUUGCAGGAGACACCUAUAGACCUUUGCCAGCCAGUCCAGUCCAUCAAGUUUGCCCAGGCUACCCAGAUCACCCAGAUAACCUCCGAGAAGCAAGAGAAGUCAUUUGAAGACAUGACAACUCAGAAAUCUUGGACUCCAGAAACCAGUAACGUAGCUUGCUCUUACCUAGAUUUUAGCAAGACGGGGCUUAAGAAUGCCACCAUCCAAGGGGAAGUGAAGUUUGUCCAGGCACCAACCAAGUCCUCCCAGCUUCAGGAAGCCAACGACUCGGUGCCGGGAACCAAGAAAGGGAAUCCAUUAUUGCUGAAAAUCCAUUUUAAGUUGUCAUCCCCCUUACCCCAAAAGAAAUGACUAGACAAAAACAUUAAAGUCUCCAGUGCCGGC